AUGUCCCAAUUCCAGAAGCUGAUAUUUCAAAAAAAGCUCCAGAAAGCAGAACAGGCUUUGGGGUUUGAUUUCAGUGAAGAAUUAGAGGAUCAGGAAGAAGAACAAGACAACAGCAGCAGUCCGUUUGCUAAGGAUGCGCCUUUGCCUACUGCUAAAAAUGGUCCUUUACUAUCACAACUACUCAAGAAUCUGCAACAAGGAGCUGAAGCAAACACAACUGGCCUUACUUCAUCUUUCAAAUACCAAAAAAGGGAAGAUAUCAAACCAAAAGAAUGGUGCGAGUUUUUUGAACACAGUAAGGUGUUAGAGCAGCAGGAGACGGGAAAUAAGUUCCAGAUAUACUAUUCCUUGCCCAAUUCCAAUUCCUCUCCAAUUUUUAUUUUCCACCAUGGUGCUGGAUCAUCAGGAUUAACUUUUGCUGUAUUGGGCAAACAGAUUGAACAAUAUCUCGCCACAGAGUCCCCACACCCAAAAAUCAAGCCUGGUAUAUUGGUUUUUGAUGCUAGAAACCACGGAAAGACUAAAGUUGCCGAGAAUGAUUAUUCAAGAAAUUCUUUUGUCAAGGAUUUUUCAUUCAUUUUAAAAUCAUAUUUAGACGAACUAGAUCCAUUAUUCAAGGAUGUCAUCUCUAAAAAAGAGGCCGAUCCUCAGCUUAUAGUUCCUCCAAUAAUGCUUGUUGGUCACAGUUUAGGUGGCUCAGUGUUAACCGAGGCUCUCCACCAAUACAAUGGUAUGAAAGAUGGGUAUUUCAGUAAAUUGGUUGAGCUUAACAUUAUUAAAGGCCUAGUUAUGUUUGAUAUUGUGGAAGAUACUGCGGUGGAGUCGUUAGCUCAUAUGAACAAGUUUUUAAAUUCAAGACCCAAAGGGUUUAGGUCUUUGAAAAUUGCUAUUGAUUGGCAUAUUAAAUCAAAUUUCUUGCGUAAAGGAGAAUCGCCACUCGUUUCAGUACCGGCGUUAUUAAUGCCCGUGGAAGACAAUGAUCCUGAUGUGGAUUCGUCAUUAUUCAAAUAUAAAUGGAGAAGCGACUUAAGAUUAACAGAACCAUUUUGGGACACAUGGUUCACUGGGUUAUCUGGAGGAUUUGUCAAUGCCCCAGUCCAAUCAAAGUUGCUAAUUUUGGCUGGCAAUGAUAAUCUAGACAAACGGUUGAUGAUUGGCCAAAUGCAAGGGAAAUUUCAAUUGAUUGUGUUUUUGGAGAGUGGUCAUUUUCUUCACGAGGAUUUACCGAACAAAACUGCUAUAAGCUUGAUUGAUUUCUGGAAAAGAAACUUCAAGCCAAAUGAAAAGAAGAUCCCGAUCCUAUGGGGUCAUAUGAGAAACUGA